GGCGCCGCCAGCCAAUGGGAGGAGCGCUGGGCGAGGCCGUGGCCAGGUGCUGCGGGUGUGGAAGAUGAGGCUGCCCGAGAGCCGGACCAGGCCCUUCCAGGCUCCUGCCGCCGUGCGCAGCUUCCCGGGCAGGCAGGUGUUCGUGUUCCCCGAUGGCCCCGAGGAGGAGGAGGAGGAGUCCGAGGAGGAGCUCAACGUGAUGGAGCUGCGGCCCCGGGGCAAGGAGCAGCAGCGGGGCAGCGCCCGGGCCCGGCUGGGGGACGUGGUGCUGCUGGAGAGGGAGCUCACCCAGGAGGACAGCCUCAACAAGCUGGCCCUGCAGUACGGCUGUAAGGUUGCAGAUAUCAAGCGCGUCAACAACUUCAUCCGGGAGCAGGACCUGUACGCGCUGAAGUCCAUCAAGAUCCCGGUGCGGCCGCACGGGCUGCUCACCGAGGGCGCCGGGGCCCUGCGGCCGCCGGGGCCCGCCCAGCCCGGCCCGACGCGCGCGGCGCCGCCGGAGCCCGACCCCGGUGCCGCGGGCUCUGCUGCCGGCCGGCGUCUCAGUGAGUACUUCAGGGGCAUCGACCAGAGCAUCCAGGACGCCGUGCAGGUGGAGGUGCAGCUGAGCGCCGAGUACGGCGGGGAGGGGCUGGAGCGGCCGCCGCCCGAGGCGGGGAAGCGGGACGCUGGGAACGGUGCGGACUGCGGGAUCCAGUGGUGGAACGCCGUGUUCAUUAUGCUCCUGAUAGGAAUCGUCCUGCCCGUGUUUUAUAUCAUCUAUUUUAAAACACAAGGCCUGGUGGCCCACAGCUCUAACGUGACAAACUCAAAUGUUUCAACAGCUGGAUAGGAAGGGGAAUUACCAGCAGGCUCAGUCGUAGGAAAAAAAAUCCUAAGGUGAAAGGGCAGCCCACUCCAGCCUCUCCAGCAGUGAUGCCCGUAUGCUUGUGACUGACUCAAGUGCACCCAAGGGGAUAAGACAAUACAGAUUAUUUUUAUAAGUAGCUGAUGAUGUAAUCCUGAAUUUGACUGAAAAUUAGGUGAUGUGAUUUUGAUAGAAAAACAAGGAUGCUUUGUUGCCUACAGAGAUCAUCACCCAGGUGGCUUCAGAGUUGGGAACUCUGUUGAGGGAAAGUAUUUUGUAGCAAUUUACUCAUUGUGGUUGCUUCAGGUAUUUCUUAAUGCCGUGUCUAGAAGCAAAUUCUGUGCUGCUGAGCUAGAGAGUGCAGUAUUAAUGUGGUUGGAAAUUUUGGAGUUGUUUGCAUUUUAAGGAAACACUUUUUGCUGGAAUAGAAGUGGGGGACACUUUUCUCAGAAAUGUCAUUUUUGUCUCUUGCAGACCGUGGUGGUUUUGGCCUGCUAGACCCUAGUGAUGCCUUCUGGGGCUCUAAGCUGGGUGUGCCAGGGCACGGUGACACUGCCAGCACCCCACCUUGUCACCCCCCUGAGCAAACCUUUGAGCUGUGUUCAGUUAGGAUGCAUCAGGCCCAGCCCUGGGAAGGGUGAGCCCAGACCUCCUUCCCUCAGUGAAAUCCAGAGAUGGCUCCUGAGAUCAGAGCUCUCAGUGCAGGGUCUGUGCUGCUCAGCCCUGCAAGGCCCAGGUGGGCAGGGGGUGUUGGGUGAUGACAGGAGAGCACAAGAGAGGAGUCACAGGCACUUCUCAAGGGCUGUUUUCUGCCAGGAGGGCUAGUCAGUAUUAUUUGCCAAAAAAAAUCUAAUAAUGGUCUGUAGUGGUGCUUCUCAGACACCCAGGCUCAGUCAUGGAAUUACUUCCUUGUGUGCAGUCUGAGUGGGAGUGAAGUGGGAGCUGGGUGCAGGUUGCAAGGUCCAGGACAGAAGUCCAAGGAGGUGAAGCUUUCUAGGAGAGGACCGUGAAGCUGCUGAUGGUGACAGUUUCUGUGACCUGACCACGUGCACUGAAAAGCCUCGCAGGGCAGUGGAGGUGCUGGUCAGCCCCAGGCCUGUGCUCUUCAGUCACUCAGCAAACACUACCUUCUGCAAGGGAGGCCUUGGGAGCUUUGCUAAAGAGAAGAACUUGCCUCAGAAAUUUGAUUCAGCAAAUUCUGGGCCUGUGGGCAGAGUAAAGGCUUUCCUGGAAGCAACCACUGAAUGUGUGGGCAGCUGCUGUUGGUGCUGAGGGCAGCGCUGGUGGGCAGGGGCAGGAAGCUGCUGCUCGCCAUCCCCACCUCAGCCCAGCCCCAUCUGCACCUUCCCAGCUGCCAGCAGGACCACGGGGCUGGAGAGGGGCUGUGGUACAGGCACCUGCUGUGCAGGUGUGGCCCAGCCUGGCCGGAAGGACGCCUCUGCCUGGACAGGGAGGAUUGAAGCUUCUCCAGCAAGGUGGGGACCCCACACUACACAGGCACAGCCGUGUGCUGCUACAGUGAGAACCUGUGCUCCCUGCAGCUCUCAAAAGUGGGAACCUAAUUUUGUUAAUGAACACUCCAAAGUACCUUAUACUGAACAAAAUCUUGUAUUUUUCUUCUGUGAAGAGCUGUAUCUCUUUGUUCUGGGGAGAGGGCGGGAACAGGUUCUUACAUUUUUAAAUAAAGCCACAUGAAAUGAAAGCACAAGGGGCACAGCUUGUGCUUUAUUUGCUACCCCACAGCUGAGCACCUGCCGUAGAACGAGGGGCCCCUUGCAGCCUCACUCAGCCUGGCCAGAGCAGGAGUGGGAGCAGGAGGAGGAACAGGGGCUGAGGCAGGACUGGCCUUGGGCUCUCCACUGGGUCCUCUGCCAGUUUCUCCCUGUUUUACAGAAAGGUUCUUGGCAGGCAUCAGUCCCUGAGUGCAGUAACAAGUGUGUGAUGAACAUCCUGGUGGCUGCAGCUGAGAGCCAACCCUCGCACGUGGAGUGACACCUGCAGGGGGCAGGGACGGGACGAGUGCUCUGCAAACACGAGAGAGGCCGGAGUACACAGUAAAAGCCAGUAUCUUUACUUUAGUGAAUGCAGGAUACAAAUAUUUUACAACAACCUCUAGCAUUUUCUUAACCAUUUGAUAAAAAGUUCACUAGAAUAUUUAUUGUAUAUUGAAGAAAAAACAACACAUUCAGGGAAAAAAAUUGAGAUUAACUUAUUUUUUUUCUUAAAAGAUUCGUCUCAAGGAUGGCAACAAAGUCCAGCUUGUGCCGCCAAACGGCUUAUCAGCAUUAAACCGUGAACAGCUUCUUGUGAACUGUUGACUACAAACAUUUACCAAAUACAUAAAUCUCUUUUAAAAAAGCCAUUUUAAAUAUAGCAAAGCAGUGUUCUCUUGCACAGCAAAGUGAAGAAAGGUUCUACUAAGAUUUAAAUGUUUACAUUGGUUAAGUCUUUCUUUCACAUUCGGAUUUAACUUCUGCCCAGGAUCAAUUGUUAGGAGUUGUUUUGUUCCUUAUUUACUAUGUAUUUCUUGUGCGCACAGUAACUCGCAAGUUUCUGAUGCAUUAGUGUCCUUGGAGGGAAGGCAAGGCUAAAGCAGUUCUCUCUGACGAGUCCCUGACAACGUGGCGUUCUCAAAACUAUCGUGAGAGCUCGAGGAUGGAGGUGAUUUGUCACAACAGAGAUAAAAAUCUUAAAUCAUUCAGACCUGACUGGCUUCAGCCCAGGAUUGGAUCCACUUGCACUUCAGUCAGCAGAGAUAAUUUUAAAAAGUUUUUUUUUUUUAACAUGUUGAAAUAUCUGUGCUAUGUCAUCUCUUUUUUUUUAAUAUAAAACAUUUUUACAAUUUCUAAAAAAGUAUGUUUCAAAGUGAGUUACUUGUUAUUAAAAACCAGGAUUCCCAUGUCCUCGGUGGCAGGAGGUGCUCCCCGAGACCCGAGGGCUGUGGAAGGACGUUUCUGCCGGGCUGGGCAGCACAGGGCCACCCUUGCCCAGCUCUUUAGAACUGAUUCUUUUUAUUAUUUUUUUUGUAAUUCAUUGGUGCAAUUUCAAUACAAACUCUAACCCUUGUGUAGCUUUGUCUU